GAUAUCUAUUGACAUUGGCUGUAAAUAAUAAAAUUUUUAAAAAAAAUCUUUCAAGUUGCAUUAAAUAUUUUGUGUUUCACAAUAAUUUAGUCCUGCAACUGAAUCAGAUUUUAGCACUAAACUUGGCAAAGUUCGGCCCCAAGUAAUACACUUAUAAUGGCGUAUAAUCCGGGUUAUGGUCAACCAGGUGCGGCAGGUGGUCAAUUGGAAAUCGGCCAUGGUCCGUACCCCUCCAUUGGCCCGGGUGGUGCAAUCUCCCCACAAGUGCACCAAUGGUUCCGGGCAGUCGAUAAGGAUCAAUCAGGAUUCAUCACAGCUAAUGAACUGAAAUCAGCAUUGGUUAACGCGCAAGGGCAGACAUUCUCGGAGGCUGCUUGCAAGUUGAUGAUCGGAAUGUUCGACAAGGAUAACUCGGGCCACGUCAAUGUUGAAGAAUUUGACAAGCUCUAUACUUACGUGAAUCAAUGGCUUGCUGUCUUCAAAACUUACGAUUUGGAUCAGUCUGGCAGCAUCGAAGAACCGGAGCUUUCUAAAGCAUUAUCGCAAAUGGGAUUCCGGUUCUCACCAGAUUUCGUCAGCUUUAUAGUGAAAAGAUGCGACUCAAAGGAUGGAAAAAUCUCAGUGGACUCCUUCAUUGUCCUGUGUGUUCAGAUGCAACGGUUCACGGAGGCCUUCAGAGUGCGAGACACCCAACAGAAUGGAACUGUGACCCUUGGAUUUGAGGAGUUUCUCAAAGUCGCCCUAAGCUGCUCGUUAUAAUGGACGAUACACAAACUUGCUACUACCUCAGAUUUCCACCGCAAACUUUGUGACCUGAUUAGGGGAAAAAUGAGACAGGCUUGAUAAUAGAUGCUUCUUGCCAGUUAUUCUAAAGACAUAAAGCAAGGCCUUCAGCAUUUCCACAAGUAAUAUUUUAAAGAUACUUUUACAUUUCAUAUAGCAUAUAAAUAUUAAGUUGAUAUAAAUAAAAUUGUAUGUCUAAGUUCUCAGCAUCAGUGCUUUAAAUGGGGUGUGUAAUGGUUGAAUAAUAAAAGAGCUUUACUUUUUUAAUAA